AUGUGGCACAAAUUGCUGAUAGCUCUAGCAUCGGCUUGUCCGAUAAAUCCGCUAUUUCCGCUGGCACCAGAAUACAUUGGACCGAAAACUAGAGCAACUCUUGCUUGUAUUAUCGAUUGGCAUAUAAAGAACAAUUUGACAGAGUUUUCCGCUCUCGCUAAAUCCGUUUGGGGUAUAUAUACGCCCUUUAACAACCUAGAUGAAUUUAUAGAGGAACUUAACAAGGUUCAAAUUAUCAAUGACAAAAAUGAACAAUCUAGCAAGUUGGAUUACAGUUCUGCCAUCAAUACUUCUGGAUUAAGUUCGGUAUUCAAACCCACGUCCAUCAAAUGCCUUACCAACAAGCGAUCCUAUGGCAAGAUUAAAAUUUCAUACGAUCUGACACUACCUUCAAAUUUGGAUUUUAACAAGGUACAAAAUAUACUUCGUGGCUGUGUUUUUAGGAUCCCCCCGGAUAUGUAUGAAAGUAUCAUAGAGUCACAAGCUCCAGACCAAGUAUACAAUGAAAUUUCCGUUAUUAUGAUUUCUAUAGUUGCUAUAUUAUCAGUCGCGUUAUCGAUUAUCCACAAAUGUACUCUCAAGAAGAAGUCAAAUAAAUUGAAUAUAUAUAUGGAGUUUGAAUCCAUUUUGUACAUGUUAAUCCCUUUCAUAACUAUUGCUCUUUAUAAGAAAUUUCUAUACUUGGUACUAUUAGCACAGCUACUCUUUUUGUUUAUUUACUUCAAGAGGAACAGAAAUGACUUUAAUUGGCCUACCGACAAAGAGUUAUACACCAGACAAUUACUUUCAUCAAAAGGCACUUUUGAAUUUAUUACUAUUAUUCGAGUCGCCCUUUUUAUUUCUGUGUACAUAUCAAUUACUGCAGUUGACUUCAUAACAUUCUCACCACUACUAUUCAAGUCCAAACAUGAAGGACUGUCUUUAAUGGACACUGGGGAAGGAUUAUUCAUCUUAAUUGCUUCAAUAGUAUCUCCCAUAUCAAUUCACUACAAAUCCAAGACCAAAGAUUUGAAUACGUUUAGGGAGUCGCUCAAGAAAUCGUUGAUACUGUUUGGCAUGGGUAUUUUCCGUCUAAUUGUCACCAAAUCGAUCGAUUACAGAACGCCUAUAACAGAAUAUGGCGCAAUGGGCAAUUUUUUCAUUGUGAUGGGAACGGUUUCCUUCAUUGCCGAAUCGAUAGUUCAUUUUUCCAGCCACAAAAUAUCUUUCGGUAUUGCAUUAUGUUAUUCCAUCCUAUACGAUAUCGUAAUAUUUAAGUAUGAAUUGGGAAAAUUACUAUCAAAUAAUCCAAGAAAUACAUUCCUACUCAUGAAUCUUGAAUGCUUACUAAAUAUUGCAGGUUUAUUGCCUCUCUACCUGUUUGGCCAUACACUAGGAUAUUAUCUAAUAGCUAUAGAUGAGAAACAGAAAACACAGACUAAUAUUAUGGGCAAAGCGAAUCAGAAUCAACCAGAAAAGUCCAGAUUCAUGAGGUUAUUUUCAAGAAUGCCCACUAUCUCAUCAGAAUCAAAAUCAAACGACGAUGAUCCCAAUCUUGGCUAUGCGAAGAUUAAAACUUUAUUAGGCAUUGCUGUUGGCACCAUGUUAUUGUACAUAAUUCUUGGUUCAGUUGGUUUUGAGACCUGGAGAUGCAUGGCAAAUUUAAUGUACAACCUAUUUCUCCUUUCCACUGUAUGCAUCACACUUUUAUUAUCUCUCAUCUUCACCAUUUACUUCGAGCCAUAUGAUACCACCGAAACCAUGCGAAUGCUCAACAAAAAUCCUCUACAUACUUUCAUAUACGCCAAUGUGAUAACGGGCCUUAUCAACAUAACAAUCCAGGCCAAGUUGAUGCCCAUGUAUAUCAAUGCGGUUAUAUUAUUCGCCUACUCUUUAUCAUUCAUUGCAUUCGCGUAUGUCUUCAACGGUUGGAAGGAUGGCAAUCUCAAAUUGACCAUACCAGAAUUUACUUAUGAUACGAUUGGCUAUCAACACGUUGAACUCAGUCAACUCAACUUAAGCAAUACUUUGCCACAUCAAGCCAAUGUAGAUUACCAGACAACGUCGUCCCAUGAUGGGAGGAUGAAUUCGCUAAGGGAAAAACUGGAUAUAUUGCGCACUAAGGUUGGGAGAAUGUCAAAUACUGACACAGUAUAA